AUGCAGCCAGCUCCAGGAGCACCCAUCGGUAUAAUGCAUGACUGGUAUCCCACCAACAAAUCACAGUACAACGACCUCCAGAAGCUAAACGCUAAAAAAUCGCGUAUCAAUAUACCAUUCAUGCAAACGGGAGAAUGCCUUCACGGUGUGGGGUCGUUUAAGCAAUCGAUGUUCCCUCAAGUGAUUGGCAUGGCGGCAUCAUUUGACACCAACCUCGUACAUCGAGUUGGGCGAGCCAUUGCUACCGAGGCACGAUCAAUCGGAAUCCAUGCUUGCUUCGCGCCAGUGCUUGAUCUUGCAAAGGAGCCGCGCUGGGGUCGAGUACAAGAGGAUUGGGGUGAGGAUAUGGUUCUUACCUCUCAUAUGGGUGUUGCAUUUGCCUCCGGUUUAUCGAAGAAUAGCACUUGGUCGGAUUCAGAUGCAGUCAUUCCUGUAAUGAAGCAUUUCGCGGCCCAUGGGAGCCCUCAAGGGGGUCAUAAUGCGGCGCCCUUCAUGGGAUACGGAACGCGCGAGGUCCUCCAAGAGAUGCUUGUCCCCUUUAAGGCGGCUGUGGAUUUAGGUGGAGUCAAAGGUGUGAUGAUGGCAUAUAGCGAGUUUGAUGAUGUCCCUUGUUCGGUCAACCCUCUCCUGUACCAGGCUUUGGAAGAUUGGGGAUAUGAUGGCUUCGUUACCGCUGACGACACAGGAAUCUCGGAACUUUUAUACACACAUCUUGUCACUAGCUCUGUCGCGGAUACGAUCGCUCAAUGGCACAACGCGGGUGGAAUCAUCCAAUAUUACGAUUUUCCAUUAAGCGACUACGUGAAUGCAACUUUAGAUCUAGUCGCUAAUGGCACAAUCGCAUUAUCGGAUUUACAAUCACUGGCAAAACGCGUCCUAGGUGUCAAGUACGAUUUGAAUCUCUUUGAAGACCCAUAUAUUGCAGAUGAUGUUGAUUCACAAGCAAUCACCGAAUCUCAUGUUCCCCUUACAUUGGAGGCAGCCCAAAAGAGUAUUGUGCUUCUCGAGAACAAUAACUCCACGCUUCCUUUGCAACCCGAUAAGCAGAACAUCGGCACGAUUGCAUUGAUAGGGCCUUUCAGUGAUACAUUCAAUUAUGGUGAUUAUUCGGGCCAAUUCGGGGGCUAUCCGGUCAAAAAUGCCAGCACAAUCCGUCAGGGUAUUACAGAACACCUCGCAAGCAAUUUCCCGGACACAACAUUACUCACUAGCUGGGGAGCCAAUUCUUGGAGCUACAAUGGACAGUACAACAUACCGCCCUAUUUGCUUUCUGCGAACGGGACCUCCGGGGGGCUAACGGCCACCUAUUUUGCCGAUACAAAUUUUACCGAUGCGAGAGUACAGAAACUGGAGACUCCAAGUCUUGACUGGGGCCUUUAUCCACCCGAUGGUCUUCCCUCUAAUAAUUUUAGUGCUAUCUGGGAGGGCGAUGUUGCGAUACCCGUAGACAUCGCGACUGACGGAUGGUUUGGAGUCGCGGUCUAUGCUAAUACCUCUGCUAAGCUUUUUAUUGAUGGAGAGCUCCAUGUUAAUGUUGAGCCUACCACCGCUGGCAAUGUUCUCUCAGAUAUCCCCGGCAUUUCCUAUACUUCGGUUAACUCAACAAUCGCACCACCAGGCUCCGCAGCUUUUCGUUUUAAGAAAGGAGCCAAGCACCACAUCAGACUGGAAUACCAAGCCUGGAAUUACGUUCAAAAAUAUGAAAAUGUCAACUCACUCAAUGCCCAGGUCUCGCUAUUUUGGAAUCUGGUAGAUCCUGUUCACGCUGUCGAUCAGGCAAUCGAAAUUGCUCGAAAAUCCGAUUUGGUGGUUCUUACCCUUGGCGCUAAUUGGAACAGUGAUGGCGAGUCUGGGGAUCGAGCCACUUUAGGAUUUUCUUCAAAUCAAACUUUGCUUGCCGAGGCAAUCUAUGCAAUCGGGAAGCCUGUCGUCCUCAUCUUACAAGGAGGUCGUCCCUUUGCAGUCCCAGAGUAUUACAAUAAGUCUGCAGCAGUGCUGAAUACGUUUUUUCCUGGGCAAUCUGGUGGCCAGGCUAUUUCAGACAUUCUCUUCGGCACUAUUAAUCCGGGUGGCAGAGUUCCAAUCAGCGUUCCGUAUAAUGCUGGAACAUUGCCUGCUUUUUACAACUAUAAACCCUCUUUCCCCCGAGAUUAUACAGAUAUCCCGUACCAAGCUUUAUACCCCUUUGGCUAUGGGCUAUCGUACACGAACUUCACCACGACAAAUUUCCGCUCUAUGGUUGAUAACAGGAAUGAUGCUGAGAUGGAGUUUAAAAGCAAGUCAAACAUCACAUUUUCAGUCGAGGUUACCAAUUCCGGUGAUGUUGCAGGAAGCUACGUGCCGCAGGUUUACCUUCUCGGUCGCGUCUCGUCGAUUGUACGUCCUGUGAAGCAGCUUGUCGCUUUCACUCGGCUGUACCUGUCGGCUGGGCAGUCAAGAAAAGUUACCAUGGACCUCGAGGUAAACCGAUUUCUUCCAAUUUUGGAUCGGAAAUAUGAGUGGACAGUGGAACUUGGAGAUUAUACUUUCGCGCUGCUGGAACAUGGAGGGAGCGACGCUGACACUUCAACCAACGUCACCUUGACUUGUGUUAAGUGA